AUGACUAAGAAUGUUCGUGCCGGCGAUAGCUUUGGUCUCCUACCAGGGCCAAUCCUGGAGAUGAUACUUGUUCAGCUAGACCUUCCAUCGUUACACAAUCUGUCUCGAUCUUCUUACCUGGUUUUCUCAUUCCUCCAUGAAGAGGGAACCGCGCGGCGAAUCAUCGACACAAUUAUCCACCUCACUUUGCCGACGUCAGUCCAGCUUCUUGCUCGCAAAUUUGCAUUCUUGCGAUGGGCGUUUCGAGAGUGGGACACUCGUGCGGUGGGAAACAUCGCUGUUUUCAUUGCCGAAUUCAUCAAGUGCGAUGAAGAGAAGUACAGUUCUCUGCCACCCGAAAUGCCUCUAUCAAUUAUGUUCGAUGUCCUGGCAGCGGCAGCAACAAUCCGUUAUCUGGUUUUCCAUAUUCUACACAAGAUGAUCGAUCGUUGCAAAAAGUUGGAAUUUUCUCGACUGGAAAAUCCAAAAAAGAGAUACAUCCAAAACCCUAUACGCGUCGCUAACCCGGACAACCUGGUGUAUGCUCCCGUACCUAAACCCCCUCGGGUCCGAUAUCAGCAAGGUGAAAUGGGCUCGGUAUCUGCAUCCGAAGAGAAAAUAGCAACUCGUGCUCUUUGGGAGAUUUUCCUGAUUUGGGAGCUACGAUCAGGUGUCGGCAACACCCGAUGGACUUCUGAGGAGAGAGAUCUGUUUGACAGUGUGCCUUUUGAAAAGAUCUGGGGUCAUUCUUUGUUUAAUGACGAGAUGGAACCCAAUCGAACCAUGGCCAGUGAACUAUUUCCAUCCCUGCAAACUGUUACUCAAAGAUACCGUGCUGCCAAAUCACUAGCGCACAACGCGGGGUGGCAUUAUGAAGGAGAUUUUCCCCCUUUCAGCCUAAUUCCCGAUGUUACGAAACGCAAAUAUUCCAACCGCGGCUAUUCCUCUUAUUUGACCCUAUCUAAGCAUUAUACCUCACCAUGUCGAUAUGUGGGGUUUGACCCCUAUCGUCAAUAUGGAAUUGCCAUUUGGGAUCAAGGUCGUCUGGCAGCCCUUGGUCUCGACUAUGCUAAGGAAAAUCCCAUGGAGUUACCACAGGCCCCAAGGUCAGAGUGUGAUCAAUAUGUGAGAUGGGAAAGUAUUUUAACAGCAGAGGAUUUGGAAGAAAUCGAGCGAAGGCGCCAAUAUUAUUGGCCAGGGAGAGAGAUGGUUUGCGUGGAGAAUCAAGGUCAUGUGGAUCUAAGGAUGAAUAGCCAAUAUUGA